UUUUUAGGGGGCUUCUGGGAGGUUUGGCUUGCAAAACGGGAGUGAGGGAUCCCUGGCUGCAUGUGCUGCACCCAUGGCGAUCUUCGGGUGGAUGCUGAUUCUCCUGCGGUGGAGCUGUUGCUCAGGAGCCGAGGGCAACCUGCAGCCAGUCCCCAAGUUCGGAGAUGUCUAUCACGUUACAGGGGUUAUCAGCCUGCCCUAUGCUGAAAUCAAGGAGCCCUUCGAAGCCUGGUACAACCUGAGCGGAGGCCAGAGCCGCAUCCAGUACUACCACGGCCAAGUGAUCACGUACCAGCUUGGCGCUCUGCAGCCAUUCGGCGCCAGUUUCAAGGUGACCCCAGAAACCACAGAAACCCAGGCGAAUGUUCGGAAGUGCUUCCGGGUCAACGGCACGGCCGGGGAUCUCAUCAGCCCGCAGAGCGUCUUCCCCCGCCUGGACGGCUUCGAGCCCGUGCGGGAGGAGUCCUACAAAGGGCAGCUCUGCACCGUGCUGCAGAGCGUGUCCUACUGGGGCCGGAAGAAGAACGUCUACACCCUGUGGGUGGCCAGCUCCGCCGACGGCCCCGUGCCCGUCCACUACGAGAUGCGGGGCUUCAACAGCCUGCUGGGCUCCCACUACGACAAGUACGAGAUCGACUACAGCAACUUCACCCGCAGCUACCCGGCCGAGGUCUUCAGCCUCCCACACGGUCUAAAAUGCGAGCACUGGCCUGGCGCAGGGCCGGAGCACCAGAUCCUGGCCAACCCAAUGCAGGAAUUUGUCGGGAGAAUUAGAGAAACAGACAGAGUCCAUCACCGGCUCUUCCACCACUACAAGGAGAAGUUCGGGAAAACAUACAGCACCGAGAAGGAGAUGGAACACAGGAAACGCACCUUCAUCCACAACAUGAGGUACGUCCACUCCAAGAAUCGGGCCAACCUGCCCUACAAACUGGUGCUGAACCACCUGGCCGACCGCACCCCGGAGGAGAUGGCCGUGCUGCGGGGGCGGCUAAAGAGUGGGGCCCCCAACAACGGGCAGCCAUUCCCGUCCGAGGGGUACAAGAGCCUCGUCCUUCCGGAGAGCCUGGACUGGAGGCUGUACGGCGCCGUGACCCCAGUGAAGGACCAGGCCGUGUGCGGCUCCUGCUGGAGCUUUGCUACCACCGGGGCGAUGGAGGGGGCCCUGUUCCUCAAGACCGGAGUGCUGACCCCGCUGUCCCAGCAAGUCCUGAUCGACUGCUCCUGGGGCUUCGGGAACCACGCCUGCGACGGCGGCGAGGAGUGGCAGGCGUACGAGUGGAUCAAGAAGCACGGCGGCAUCGCCAGCACCGAGUCCUACGGGCCGUACAUGGGCCAGAAUGGGUACUGCCACUACAACCAGUCUGAGCUCAUAGCCAAGGUCGCUGGCUACAUCAACGUAGACCCCGGGAACGUCACCGCCCUGAAAGCGGCGCUCUACAAGCACGGCCCGGUGGCUGUGAACAUCGACGCCUCCCCCAAGUCCUUUGCCUUCUAUGCCAACGGCGUCUACUACGAACCUGCCUGCGGAAACAAGAGCACAGAGCUGGACCACGCGGUGCUGGCCGUGGGCUACGGGGUCCUGCAAGGGGAGAGCUACUGGCUCAUCAAAAACUCCUGGUCCACCUACUGGGGUAACGCCGGCUACAUCCUCAUGUCCAUGCGGGACAACAACUGCGGGGUGAUGACGGCAGCAACGUACCCGGUCCUGGCCUGAGCGCGGACGCUGCGUGCAGGGCCUGUUCCCCCAGCCUUGCCCGAGAGACCAGCUAGCCCUGGGGAGAGAGACCCACUCAGCUGCCUCUGGCUGAACUCCCACUGGACUCCAGCUACCUGAACCCGUUGGAGGCCUGACAGCAACCCUCUGGCUGGGGCAGGUCGCUCCCGGAGUGUUGCUUUAAUACCCACAUAGCUUCAGCUGGUUCCCUCAAGGCCCUGUGAGAGGCUGGGUGGUCUCCAAGCUGAGGGGCCCCCUGCACCUCGCACCACCUCGGAACAGACGCUCCGCAAGGCAGGGGCCGUGCUGAUGUGUCUCUAUGCAUCACGGACACCUGCCGCCGUCACCGUGCUUAUAGCGUGUCAAGCGGUGAGUGGGGGGAGGGCGAGCCACAGAUGCUGGGGGCAGAGGGAGAGCUAAGCAUGGCCGCUGCUGAGCGAUGGGGAUAGAUGCCAGCAUGGCUGGCGUCUCUGCUACACUGCGCAGCAGAAGGCUGCUGGAUGCACGGAGAGCGCCAGGACAAUAAACUCUAGGGGAGAAGUUU